ACGGACGCAGACAAACGCUUCUGGCUCUUGUGUUUUUCAGUUCUAUUGUGUUCUGUUCAGUGUUCAUAUAAUUGUUUUUUUUUUGAACAGUUGGUCGAUCCCUAUAUGAUAUUAUAUCGGGGGAUAUUUUAAUCUAAAUAUCUUUUUUUGGGUGGAAAUCGAGAGAGAGAGAGAGAGAGAAAAAAAAAAUAUCAAGAAUCUAUACCUUACAUACAGAUAAAUUCUCGAACUUGGAAGAUUCUUGAAAAAAAGAAAGAAAGAAAAGAAAAGAAACGAAAAGAAAAGAAAACAACGAAAGAACCAUAAGCAUAAACUUGAAGAAACCUAAGGACUUUCGUAGGACUGAGGAGAUGAAAGUCUUAUCCUAUGCAUCUUGAAGAGAAUCUCACUCACGAUUCCGAAGCAACGAAGAUGGCAAAACUUUAUAGCAUACCAAAAGUCGUUGGUGUCUGUGUUUUUGCAGUCUCCACCAUGACAGCAGUGGUAGGCUUGGUUACGAUCUGGAAGAUUGGUCUUUCCCAAACGCUGGUCAUCGUCACAGUUACGGCAGGCUGUGUUGCCGUGACCGUGUGCCCAGCCGUCACCGUGAUCUAUCUGGCAUAUUCUCCUUCCACCCCCACGAGUAUGCCUGUUCCUUCUACACACGACGACCCUCCCCCUGCUUAUCGCCUUACCUGGGGACGAGAAUACCCGAAACACAUCCCAUCAGAGCAAGAUAGAGAAGCUGGAACGCCAUCCUCCGAAGAACACUUUGGAGAACCGAAGGACAUUUGGACGACUACGACUGAUCAGCUUUCUGGAGUGAACAGGAUACAGUCUCCAUUGCAGGCUCCUGGAGUGCACACGUUUACGAGAGGAGGAGAAGGAGCCGCUCCAAGCACGCACUGCAGGUGUCAAAGCAGGUCGCAUAUGUAUUCAUAUUGCAACGAGGAAGCUGUCUGGAAACGUGGAGUGGUUCCUAGUACACUUGACGGCCUCAGAGACGACCAGGGUCUUCCUAGUUACGAAGAAGCUGUCGAAGGAAUCUGAAUUGUUCUGUGGUAUUUCCUGGUCGAUAAUGAAUGCCAAACUUUAUGCAUUACAAUCAGUGCGGUGUCUACAGUAUUAUAUAAAUUACCAAGAAGCUGUCACAGGAAUUUGAGUUGUCUGUGGUAAUUCCUUUUCGUUAAACCGUAUUCAUGUUGACAAACAAAAAAAGUAUGAAUGAGAAUGAAUAUCUUCACAAUACAAGAGAUAUAUUUAACCGGUUUCAAUUGUCAUGUAAUCGAGAUGUAAUCGAUACCGGUUAAAUACAUUGUACUGUGAAAAUAUUCAUUCUCAUUCAUAGCACUCCUUUUCGAUAAUGUAUGUCAGACUUAAAACUUUAUGCAUUACGAUCAAUGCGGUGUAUACAGUAUUAUAUAAAUUACCAAGAAGCUGUCACAGGAAUUUGAGUUGUCUGUGGUAAUUCCUUUUCGUUAAACCGUAUUCAUGUUGACAAACAAAAAAAGUAUGAAUGAGAAUGAAUAUCUUCACAAUACAAGAGAUAUAUUUAACCGGUUUCAAUUGUCAUGUAAUCGAGAUGUAAUCGAUACCGGUUAAAUACAUUGUACUGUGAAAAUAUUCAUUCUCAUUCAUAGCACUCCUUUUCGAUAAUGUAUGUCAGACUUAAAACUUUAUGCAUUACGAUCAAUGCGGUGUAUACAGUAUUCUUCUUAAUACACAUACGUCAGUGAGGAAUUGCGACAUGUAUUAUGAAAUUUCGAGGCGUAAAAUUAUCGAUGGACUUUGCGUAAUACAGAACUAGACUAAUUCCUUAUCAUAACUGAACGCCGAGACUUCCAUUAUGCAUUACUAUCAUUGCGAUGUGUACAGUGACGCAAUGGUUCCAGAUUAAUACAUAUGUGCCAGUAGUGAUAAUCUUCGUGUAUAUAUAUUUUUUCUCCGUUCUAUCUAAUUGUGCUUUGAGAUAAAGUUUCAUCAUAAACUCACACAGUAAUUUUCCGCGUAUAAUCCUAUUUCCGUGAUUACACAUACCGGUAAGUCAAAUGCAGUGAUAACGUUAUCUCAAGUGAUAACAUUCAGAUGAUAACCUACUCGCUCAAUGCAGGCAGAUAAUUGCGUGUUUUUCAAUUAUUUUUGUUUAGGUUGUUAUUGUUAUAGAGAAUGGGUGCUGAAAUAUAUACUGGUAUAGGCCGAAGAUAUUACGAUGUGUUAUAUUUAUAAUAUCUUUGUUAUUAAAGAAAAAAAUAAAAUAGAUGCUGAUUGUAUGAUAGUAUAUUUGUGUAAGAAUUAAUAAUGUAUGUCAUUUUUGUAUAUUAUAUUUAUAACUAUUUUGUUAUUGAAAAAUAAAUCAUAAUAUAUAGUAUUAAUGUGUAAGAAGUGACAAUGUAUCAUUAUAAGAAUUAUUUAUCUAUGUAGUGCGUGAUACAGAUGUUUUUGUGUUUAUGUAUGUCGAAUCACAUUAAAUUGUUUAAUUUUU